AUGGCCGACUACAGCAAGCUACCCGCCGGCGUCAAGCUUCAAGUCAAGCCAUUCAAAGCUCAUGUUGAUGAGCAGAAGUUGCAAGACUUCGAGACUUUGCUCAAACUCUCACCCGUUGCUCCCGCCAACUUUGAGAACUCGGACAAGUCGGUUGAGAGGCGAUAUGGUGUUCCGCGAGACUGGAUUCUGAAUGCAAAAGAUCACUGGCUGAACAAGUUCGAUUGGAGGAAGCAUGAGGACCACAUCAACUCCUUCCCCAACUAUACGGCUCAGGUGAAGGAUGACGUGGGUUACGAUCUGGAUAUCCACUUCGUUGCCUUGUUCUCGGAGAAGCAGGAUGCUAUCCCAAUUGCUCUGUACCAUGGCUGGCCGGGCUCUUUCUUGGAGUUCUUACAGAUCCUGGAGUUGCUCAAGUCGAAGUAUAGUCCGAAGGACCUUCCAUAUCAUGUCAUCGUCCCUUCGAUCCCAGGAUACGCUUACUCGUCUGGGCCGCCGCUGGACUACGACUACAGUAUUGAGGAUGCCGCAGACGCUUUGAACAACCUCAUGGUCGGGCUGGGCUUUGGCUCGGGCUACAUUGCUCAGGGAGGAGACUUGGGAAGCUUCGUCAGUCGUCACCAGGCUGCGACGAAGGAUUCGUGCAAGGGCAUGCACCUCAAUUUCUCUCCCAUCCCUAGGCCAAAGAACGCAGAUGAUCUGCCGAUGGAAAAGAUCGAGCAGACGUCCAUUGGAAGAGGUAUCUGGUUCCGCGAAGUCGGCGCCGCAUAUUCGCUUGAGCACGGAACUCGCACCGCCACGAUUGGUCAUUGUCUGAGCGCAAGUCCAGUUGCUUUGCUGAGCUGGUAACUCAUCCUAUCGUUCCAUGCAUCUUCCUGUGACUGACUCCCCACCCUAGGAUCGGCGAGAAGUUCCUCGAAUGGACCGACGAAGACCCUUCCCUCGACCAUAUUCUCGAGAGUGUCACCCUCUAUUGGAUGACUGACACCUUCCCACGCUGCAUCUACCCUUACCGCGGAGUAAGUAUCAGCAUACCCUCCCCAUGCAACACAGUGCGCUAAGACUGAUUGUUCGCCGUAAAAGCUAACAACCUCCCCGGCUGCCGGAGACGAAGAACGACCUCGAAUCGCCAAAGCCAGUGGCCGAGGUCGCGAACGCCCAUACGUCGAAAAGCCUUCCGGGUAUUCCUUCUUCCCCAAAGAAUUGGUUCCCAUGCCGAAGAGCUGGGUUGCCACGAGCUGCAAUCUCGUUUCGGCCUCGGUUCAUGAGACUGGUGGCCACUUUGCCGUAAGUCUCAGCGGGUGGCAAAUGUGAAAUCGGACGGGAUGCUGACAAGUGGCUGAAUAGGCUAUGGAGAAGCCGAAGGAGCUUCUUGCGGAUAUCGAGGAAUAUGUCCAGAAGGCUUGGAAAGGUCAGGAGAACAGCAAGCUGUAA